AUGAAAUGCCACCGCGAUGUUCACAACAACGGUGCCCGCAGCAACUGGCUACUUCCUUUACAACAAUGCGAUGAAGGAGGAGGGGAAGCUUACAUUGCCAACUUGGUUCGCCUACACGGUUUGGAUACGGACGUCGGUGCUGGGUUGCCCUGUCCUAAAGAAUGGAUUCAAGAUGACGAUCAGGCGUUCGAGGAGGAAAACUACGACUCCUCGGAGCUGGUGAUGGCCCAGAAGGUCACCGGAGAAUGCCUAUGGAUGGCCUAUCGAACUCGGCCUGACAUCCUCUAUGUCACGAACUACAUGGCCGCGAUGACCACCAAACGACCGGUUAAGGUUUACCAGAUCGGCCUCAAGGUGAUGUCAUAUCUGAAUGCCACAGCAGGCUUGAAGCUGAAGGUCGAAGCCACCGCAGAGACUGAAGCCGCAGCUACCACAGAGACCAAGACCACAACAGCCACCACAGAGACCAAAACCACAACAGCCACCACAGAGACCAAAACCACAACAGCUACCGCAGAGACAGUUGAGACUCAGGUUGCCAGGCACUAUGCGGGGUUCAAGGUAGAUCUGUCUGGAUACAGCGAUGCGUCAUAUGCCCCACACGGGGGUAAAAGUUUCGGCUGUAGUCUAGUAAUGAUCGGUAAGACCCCGGUGACGUGGAAAGCGGGGAAGCAACCGAUUGUGUCCAUGUCGGUCGAAUUGUUAGAGGGAUCCAAUUGCGCUUUGUUGGUACAGUCGACAGAAGCAAUGCUACCGGCAACUUCUACUCCGUCAUUGUAUAUCGACAACCAAGCGGCAAGCAACUUGCUCAAUGGGUCAGCUGGAAGCUGGCGUACCAGGCAUUUACCCAUUCGCCACGCCUAUGUGUUGGAUCGUGUGAGCAGUGGAGAACUCACUGUCCAGCACUUGGCUAGGGAGGACCAGCCGGCUGAUCUACGGACGAAGCUACAUUCCAAGGCGCGUCUAUUGCACCUACUUGGGACCUGGGGCAUAGUUGGUCUCGCGGGUCUGGACGAAGGGAAGGUGCUGAAGUGCUUGAAGAUGGGAUGCAGGUUCUUACUGCUAUUGGUUGUUCAGUCCUUGGCAGUAUCGGCUGCGAAGGAUCCUCUUCCAGUGACAGGCACUAUAGAGCUGUUUGUUAUGCUGAUGCUUACCUGUAUUUCGGCAGUGGCUCUGUGGGAAGCUGGGAAAGCACUGAGUUCGUGGGCCUAUCCGAAGGUAUGCGGAUCCAAGCGCUCAAGGAGGAUUCGCAAGCUGAAGGAACUGGCAAGGAUCGCGCCUGAAGCUGAGAUCGAGAAGUGGAUCGAGGAGGAUGAAGUUCCGUCAAGUGAGCGGGGUGGCACCUACAGCAACGAGCACGUCAGCAAGGCCGAGGACCACUUCCCCGUUGCCAAGUCCUACUACGGAAUCGAGCUUGGGAAGCCCGAGUACCACAACGAGGCCCAGGGCCCCGAUGAACAUGGGAGAUUCAAGGACGAGCAAUCCGAUCGGGAGCGAGUUGUUCAAGACACGUUAGGGCUGAUGACAGUUCAACACUUACGUGAUGGAUUGGCCGCUGAAGGCCUUCCUGUGAGUGGCGUGAAGUGUGAUUUGGUGAGAAGGCUGGGAGGCCAACUUGGUGACGAGCCUCCACCUGUCCAUCUACCAACGACUCGCCAGCUUCGCUACGUCUUGUGGAUUUGGAGGCACUUACAGUUGGCAGGGCGGACCCAAAUCUUGUGGAUCAACCUGGCAACGAGAACGGCUGCCUCCGAAUGGCUGGCUCGCUGGAAGGAGAUGUCACGAGCCGCGGGCUAG